GGCACACGCGGUAUUUUUGCGCCUCUUCGCGUCCUCCUGGCUUGCCAGACUCCUCUGGUUUAGGGAGGUGUCGGGGCGCUGCACGGUGCUCCCCACAGUCCUGCGGUCUGGCCUUUAGGUUUUAAGUUUUGGAAUCGCGGUGGUUAAAAAGCGGAAAGAGGCCGCCUGUGCAGCCUCGGUCCAAGAUGGACAAAGUCUGUGCUGUUUUUGGAGGCUCUCGGGGCAUUGGCCGGGCGGUCGCCCAGUUACUGGCCCACAAAGGCUACCGCGUGGCCGUCCUCGCCAGAAAUCUGGACAUGGCCCAAGCCGCCGCCGGUGAGCUCGGCGGAGGUCAUUUUGCAUUUAGCUGUGAUGUUGCCAAAGAACGUGAUGUUCAAAAUGCAUUUGAAGAAAUGGGGAAAAAUUUGGGUCCCGUUAAUUUCUUGGUAAACGCAGCUGGAAUUAACAGGGAUAGCCUUUUAGUAAGAGCUAAAUCUGAAGACAUGCUCUCUCAGCUUCAUACUAACCUCUUGGGUCCUAUGCUGACAUGUAAAGCUGCGAUCAAGACCAUGAUUCAACAACAGGGAGGGUCUAUUGUUAAUAUAGGAAGUAUUAUUGGUUUAAAAGGCAAUUCUGGCCAGUCUGUAUACAGUGCCAGUAAAGGAGGAUUAGUUGGAUUUUCACGUGCUCUUGCUAAAGAAGUUGCAAGAAAGAAAAUAAGAGUGAAUGUAGUUGCACCAGGAUUUGUUCACACAGAUAUGACGAAAGACUUGAAAGAAGAACAUUUAAAGAAAAAUAUUCCUCUUGGGAGGUUUGGAGAACCUAUUGAUGUGGCCCAUGCAGUUGUGUUUCUUUUAGAAUCACCCUAUGUUACAGGACAUGUUUUAGUAGUAGAUGGGGGAUUACAACUCGUGAUAUAAUUUAUUGAUUAUUCAGUUAUGAUGGUGGUUAGAAUCAAGGACUAUUGGCUGUUGAUUAGAUUGAUACCUAAUGGGUGAUGUUAGCUAUUAAUUUGUCCGAUUGAUGCUACAUGGUGAUUUCCAUCUCUCUAUGAAUAUAUCUGAAAAGAA